CGAAUUUAGGACCUUGCGGUGGCUCUGCUAUAACAGCCCCCCUAUGGCCGCACCUCACCCCUUGCGGCCACCCUCGUGCUGCACGGCUCAUUGUUCUGAAGCAGAGAGCUAGACAAGGGAUGGAGAAAACACCGGGUGGGACCUGAGCAUCCGACAAACCAGGCGCUCAUUUAUUCACGGCACCCAGACCAAUUGUCGAUAGAUUUUUUUUUUCCUUCUGGAAAAAUAUAGACUAGUUGAUCUUUGGAAGUUGUGUUUCUUUUCACAGACAAAAUUGGGAACUGGAAAUAAAUUCCUCGAAAAAUCUAUGGAAUUAUUAGUCUUAGUUUCUCGUUUCUUUUGUCAUUUUUGAGCUGCCUGGUCGCCAAUCUUUUGUCAAACAUUAAUUCGCCUAUUUACCGUGAGUGACAGUGGAAGAUGGUUUCCCGGUUAUUUGCUCAGAAGUACCCCCUGGUGUUGCUCUGCACGCUGGCUGCCCUGUCUUGGACUUGGGGCCCGGUAACAGCGGGUAGGAGUUGCUCGGAGACGCGGCAUGUGUACGCAGAGAAGGGCUACAGUACGAACACUGCCCCGCUGACUCAAAUCUCCGGCGAGCAUCUGCGUCUGUGUCCCCAGGACUACACCUGCUGCUCCAGUCAGAUGGAGGAAACGCUGGCCCACCAGAGUGAGACUGACUUCCUGUCGGCCAUCGACGACACCAGCCAGUUCCUUCACACCACUUUCACACAGAGGCACCGCAAGUUUGACGAGUUCUUCAGGGAGCUCAUAGACUUGUCUGAAAAGUCCAUGAAUCAGAUGUUUACUAAGACCUACGGGCGCCUCUUCACCCAGAACGCCAAUGUCUUCCAGGAGCUGUUUGUGGAGCUCCGUCGAUACUACUCAGGGGGCAGUGUGAGCCUGACGGAGGUGCUGUCAGAGUUCUGGUCCAGACUGGUAGAGCGGGUCUUCUCUCUGGUCAACCCCCAGUACCAGUUCAGUGACGAGUACCUGGAGUGUGUCAACAAACAUGCAGAGCAGCUGCAGCCCUUUGGGGACCUGCCCCGGAAACUAGGCUUACAGGUGUCCAGGGCAUUCAUUGCAGCCAGAGCACUGGUUCAAGGCUUGGCCACAGGCCGCGACAUUGUCAACAAGGCAGCAAAGUUGAGUGCUGGUGCAGGGUGUGUGCGUGCCCUGAUGCGUCAGUGGUACUGCCCAUUGUGUCGAGGCAUGCCCUCCCUGCGCCCCUGCCAUGCCCUCUGCCUCAACGUGAUGAAGGGCUGCCUGGCCAAUACAGCCGAUCUGGACACUGAGUGGAACAAUUUCAUUGAUGCUCUGUAUCAAGUAUCUGAGAAGCUGGAGGGGCCCUUUAACAUGGAGCUGGCUGCAGACUCCAUCUCUGUUAAAGUGUCCGAGGCCAUCAUGCACAUGCAGGAGAACAGCAUCGCCACCUCCACUAAGGUGUUCCAGGGCUGUGGGAGUCCCAGACUGGCUCCGGGCCGUUCUCGGCGCUCCCCCAAGGAGUCAGGGGGCAACAGGAGACCCUUCCGUACGUUCAGCCCUGAGGAGAAGCCCACCACUGCUACAGGCACCAACCUGGACCGACUGGUGUCAGAGCUGAAGGAGCGACUGCGGCCCAUGCGGGGCUUCUGGGUGUCCCUCCCACACACCAUCUGCAACGACAAGAACGUGGCCGCCGACGUCACCAACGAGGACCGCUGCUGGAAUGGACAGACCAGGGGGAUGUACCUCCCUGAUGUGACAGGCGAUGGGCUGAUGAGUCAGAUCAAUAACCCAGAGGUAGAGGUGGACAUGGCCAGGCCAGACGUGAGGACCAGACAGCUCAUCAUGGAGCUCAGAGUAGCCACCAACAGACUGAAACAUGCACAGGCUGGACAGGACACUGACUUCAUGGACAGUGAGGUCGAAGAGGGCAGUGGAUCAGGCGGCGGAGGGGAGAGGUACAGUGAUGAUUGGCCUGGCUACAGGCCCUACUCCCCUCCCUACAGUAAGCCCCCACUUAACCCCCAGACACCCAUCAAGCCCCCUCGGGUCAGAGACCGAACCGGAUCAAAGUGGAACAGGAGCAAGGGACAGUCCAUCUCAGCUGUCAGCCGGCCAGCCUUCUUCUCACUGGCGGUUUUGUUUUGCUUAUCAGUUAUGGUCACUGUCGCCCCCUUUUGGAGAUAACCAGUUACUACAGCCUGAAGCUCAGGGUUGUGUUCAUUAUGGCAGCUAAUGAAAAAAACCUUUUGAAACACAAAAUAAAAAUAAGCAUUUCUUAAUGGAUAAAUCCAGGCAAUCACACCUUGUUUCAGGCAGUUUCUUCUGUUUGAUGCCUAUUGAAUACGACCCAGCUGAGGUUGGGUUGAGGAGUGAUGUAGUGUGCCUAUUUAAUCAUCAGCACAAUGACAGUAAAUACGUUUGCUUAUUCUAGAGGAGAAAGAGAGGAGUUGAAUCUAAAAUGUGCAUGAAUCCAGCACAAAAUAAUCUUGUGGAAAAUGUAUUCAAGCACAAGGGAAAUUACAUUUCCUAUGAUUGGCUAUCCCAAUGGUUCCCAAACUGUGGGGUGCAAGUUGCAGAUCAACUAACCCAGGGCUGCCCAACCCUCUUCCUGGAGAUCUAUUGUCCUGUAGGUUUCCAGUCCAACCCUAAUUUUGAGUAUCUGAUUAAGCUAGUUAAGGACUUGUUGAGCAGCUAAUUAGUAGAAUCAGGUGUGUUAAAUUAGGGUUGGACUGAAAACCCACAGGAGGGUAGAUCUCAAGGAAGAGGGUUGAGCAGCCCUGAACUAACCCAUGUCAGCUAAUGUUUUUUUAGCCCAUUGAAUUUGUCAUAAUGUUCGAGUCCCUCAGGUAUUACAUGAAAAAAAUGUGUAGAAUUGCAGGUAAUUAGCUUUAAAACUGCAACAUUUUCUCUCCAACCUGUGGAACAAUGUGUAGAAUAACAGGAAAUGAGCUUUAAAAUAGCAAAAAUGUUCUUUGCCAACUAGAGGGGUGUGAACAGUUUGUGUCGGGGACAGUGCUUGUGCCCAUAGAAAUAGACACAAGCACUGUCCACUCAGCAAUAAAAUUACAAAUAAAUGUUAAAGCCUCCACAUACUUUAGUCAGCUGAGGAAGGUAUAACUUGUAGUGAAAGAAAAGAUAAACGGUAAGGUCAGGGUCUUAUUAGGAAUGUGCUUCGAGCAUGCCACCAUUUUGUGGAGCCUGCCCUGAAGUGAUUUCUAAUUUAUUCAGUUUAUUUGUAUUUUUGUAUUUAUUGAUAUAAGUGUUGUUUUAUGUUGAUGCAGGAAUUGAUUGGAAGUGUUAGGGGCAGUAUUUCCCCCAAGUCCUGGAGGUCACCUAUGUCUGCUGGUUUCUAUGGAAUGUGCAUCUCAGAUGACAACCUCCUUGUAAACAUUGGCAUGUUGUGAAGUUAAUGUCCAUUUCAUUGUUCAUCAAUUGCCACUUCAUUGUGGAAUCGGUUGCUUAUCACAAGCUUAGGUCUCCUUCAAAACAGACAAACUGAUGCAUGAAUAACACUAAAAGCAAGUCAAUGUUUUUUUUAUUUUUAUGGGAGCAGUGCAUUAAGGAGAGGAUUAUGUUGCACUGUCUGUCAGAAAGCUUACAAUUACAUGUCCUUGAAACAAUUGAAAAAGUAGAAUAGCAUUUUUACUGAAUCAUUUCUCCUCACCACACCGCUGGACAAGCAUUUCAUGCGUCUUUGUUUGAAGGUGGGAUAUUAAGCAGGGAUAUUAACCAGGGAUAUUAACCAGGGAUAUUUGAGAACCACUGGACUAGCCUUGAGGUCUUCUGUGGAGAGAUCUGAGACUCAUGAUCGGUUGGAGCAGCGUGUGUGUGUGGUUUUGUAUUGUUUGAGUAAGGCUUAGGUUAAUAAAAAAAAAGGAAUGGGGUGUUGACAGAUGUUACAAAAUGGUGCUCUUAGUCUUUAAACUUUUGUAUGAACUUUUCUAAAAAUCAACAAAAUCCCAAUGGCCGCUUGGUUGAAUGAGCUCUGAGUGUUAAAGAAAUGUGUGAUUGAUGAAAGUGUAUAAUGGAGGUGUGGUGAGUGUCUUAACCCUAAAGAAAAGCCACUUUAAAUGGACCUCAGACAAUUCUUUCCUAAAUGUCUCAUUUACUAACACAACAGCGAUGGUUGAGAGAAAGUGAAUGUUUCACUGGGAACGUCAAUAAAACUGAUUUGACACAAGACUGGUUAAAGAUGAGAAAGAGUAGCCAACGACGUUCAAGUCUCCACCAAGCAUAGAGCAAACACUUACAGCAAGUAUUAAAUCAUAACGUAAUAGAAAAAGCUCUACAAAGUAGAGACCGAUCGACUUGAUUCAAGAGACGAGAGGUUGAAAAGGAAAUGAAAGUGUGUAAGAAGAGAAGUGUAAUAGAAAAAUAAAGAUGGUUAAUAGAAUAACAAUGUAUAGUGAACAUUCAAGCACACUUUUCUUUUUUUUCUUGUUUUAAUGACAAAUUGCAGGAUCCUUGUUUGAUGGGAUUGUAUGUUUCCUAAGGUUCUUAACCUUGUAUGUUAGGAUAGUAAAUCUGUGUGGGAGUGGUUAUGUACGCCAGGUCUAAAUAUCGAUUUUGACUGUUUAUUAAUGAAGCAUCAUGAAUAAAAUAAACAAUGAUAGAUGCUUUUGACUAUCAAAGUGCACAAUUCAAAUUAAUGAGUGGUCACUGGAUGGCGAUUUGUUUUUAUUCUAAAAACAUUUGGUUUCUAGUCUGUUAAUGGAACCACUAUGACCUCAUAUCAACACUCCCAUAUAAGAUACCACAUUCCAUUUCUGUAAAAGGAUAGUCAGUACAACUUUAAGAUGUAACAAUUUUGGGAAAUAGAUUACUCCGUUUCAUUAAACUGUCAAGAAAA